AUGACCCUUCCUACCACUCAAAAAUUAUAUCGAAUUUUCAAAAGAGAAGGAAUUGAGAAUCUUGAAUUACAUACUAAUGAGCCUGUUCCUCAAACACUUCUUAGAAAUCAAGUACUUGUUCGAAUGAGAGCAGCUUCUCUCAAUUUCCGUGAUGUUCUUGUAUCUACAGGAAAAUACCCAUCAAAUUUCCCUUCUGAUGGUUUAAUUCCACUCUCGGAUGGUGCCGGAGAAGUUGUUGCAGUGGGUGAAAAUGUCAAGGAAUUUAAAGUGGGUGAACGUGUGGCUGGAAUUUUUACUCAAGAUUGGAUUGAUGGUGAAAUGAAGGAAGAAUAUACGGGAAAUGUGUUGGGAGGAUCUGCUCAUGGAGUUCUCUCUCAAUAUCGUGUUUUUGAAAAACAUUCCAUUGUUAAAAUUCCACAAAUCUUGAGUUAUGAGGAGGGUGCAACUUUACCAUGUGCAGCAUUGACUGCAUUCCAUGCCUUGUAUGAAAAUGGAAUUAAUCCUGUACGAGCAGGUCAAACUGUACUUGUUUUAGGAAAAGGUGGUGUUUCUGUGUUCGCCAUUCAAUUUGCAGCUGCUUCUGGUGCGACUGUCAUUGUCACUUCAUCCAGUGAUGAAAAAUUGAAGAAGGCCAUUGAAUUGGGUGCUCAUCAUAUCAUCAAUUACAAUACAACACCAAAUUGGAAUGAGAAGGUUAGAGAAUUAACCCAAGGUAGAGGUAAGUAG